AUGCGUUUCUCCACCAUCCUCGUCGUCGUCGUCGCCGUCACCGGCACCAACGCUCUCCCAAUCCCUCAAUUCUGGGGAUGGGUCGGUGAUCAAAUCGCCGAUUUUGCUACUCAAGGGCCCGGAGCUGUCUUCUCGGAGAUCGUGGGAGCUACUCCUAGUAGAAUGGCGGGUGGUUCGCCGUUCCCACUUACGAAUAAUCAGUUUACUGCGGGGAUGGGAUUCUUGAAGAGAUGGGUUUCUAGAUCAUGA